GCACCGUAACGUGAUCUAUUGUAUAUUUACACAUUUCCUGUUUUCCUUAGCGAGCAGAUCUGUCAAUGAAACGCUGACUAUUCUGGAGGCAGCUUCAUUCCUAGAUGACCUAUGCUGGACCAGAGCCAAGAGGACUGACCCAGUCUCUAGAGGUUGCCCUUACUGACCCAGUCUCCAGAGGUUGUCCUAACUGAACACAGACCACACAAGCGAAGGAGAUGACCCAUCAAGGCCUAUUCCCGUAUCAGCACUGGCACAAGCAAAGGCUGUAGUCCAGUCAUACCAUUUGAAGUACCUCCUGUCUCUGGUGUGAGCUGCCGUAUGUCGCGGAUCAGGAGCACGCUCAACACUGUUACUAAAGCAGUAAGCGGCAGCGACCUCCUCUCCAAGAUAUCCCGCCUUAAGCCCAGUGUCGCAGCCGCCCAUGCAGAGAAGGUACUGGCCGAAACGGAGCCUCCGACUCCAUCUCCAACCCCGGCAGCUAGUGACGCUUCAGCUGCUGCAAUAGCCAUGAAGCCACAAGAGCAGGAUCAGACAGUAGGACAGGAGCAGAACAAUGGAGAGGAGGGGAAGGAGAAUCAGCCACUUCAGGCUUUAGAGAAACCCUUCAUGGCCAACGUCAAGCCCAAACAUAGCCUCGCUGCGUCAGCGGCUAUAUCCACCGCUAGCUCCUCGUCAGCCAUGGCCAAGCAGACGUUACAGCUGUUCCAACCAGAGGCCCUGUCCACCAACAUGGACGAGACAUACAGCACCCUGUCUCAACACGUCAACGACUACUUCGGCAGUUGUAGUAGUCUAUCAACAGGAGAUGACAAGAAGCCUCACCAUCUAAAUGACAAUGCUCAAGCAUCCACGUCCUCCAAGCCUGCUGUCAGUCAACGCUAUCAGAGUACUAACAGCGGGGACCACAUCCCCGUUUCAGUACCUGUGGCAGCUGAGACCAAGGCUAUCCAGGGCAAGGCAGCUACCCCACGACCGACUCCUCCCCUGGAGGAGGUUAGCCCAACCUCGGGUGUUCCCACCCGAGAGAGCCCUGCCACAGACAGUGCUUCCUCUGACCCAGUCACCCCUACCCCCACCCUAAUACCCUCUAAAAAAGGGGGGUUUGGGCAGUAUCUAUCUGACCCUCGCCCCAAUGUUCAGGCAUUCUUUGGCAGCUACAUAGCACCCUUGGUACCUAGUAAGUUCAGAGCUGACCCCAAGAGCGUCACAGCAGCAGUUAAAGAGAAGACCACUGAGGUGGCUAUGAGGAAGCCUGGAGAGAAGAUAGAGACUGAGGAGGAGAAGAAGAACGCUGAAGAGGGGACCAAGAAACUACUGCUGAGCCAGAGAGAGAAGAUCAUAGCCCGGGUGAGUAUGGACAACAGGACCAGAGCCUUGGUGCAGGGCAUCCAGAAAGCCACAGACAUGAAUAUCCACACCAGCCGUGUGGAGGAGCUUAGCCUGCAUCUACUGGAGUACCCUGAGACACGCGGCGUGGCCGUCAAGGAGAGGGUGAUCCCGUGCCUGUUGCGUCUGAGGCAGACCAGAGACCCCAGGCUCCAGGCUGCAGUGAGAGAGGCCCUGGCCCUGGUGGGAUACACAGACCCUGUGAAGGGCCAGGGUAUACGGAUCCUGGCCAUCGAUGGAGGGGGGACCAGGGGGCUGGUAGCCCUGCAGACCCUACACAAACUGCAGAGCCUGACGGGCAAACCCAUCUACCAGCUGUUUGACUACAUCUGUGGGGUCAGCACAGGUGCGAUCCUGGCCUUCAUGUUGGGGGUGUUCCAGAUACCUCUGGAUGAUUGUGAGGAACUCUACAGGAAGCUGGGUUCUGAUGUGUUCAAACAGAACGUCAUCGUGGGAACCGUCAAGAUGGGCUGGAGCCACGCCUUCUACGACAGCCAGAUCUGGGAGAACAUCCUCAAGGAGCGAAUGGGAGAAGGCCUCAUGGUCGAGACAGCCCGGGAUCCAACAUGCCCAAAGGUGGCAGCAGUGAGCACCAUAGUGAACAGGGGUCUACCUCUGAAGGCCUAUGUGUUCAGGAACUACAGCAUGCUACCAGGGGUCAGGUCCCACUACAUAGGAGACUGUAAACACAAGAUGUGGCAGGCCAUCAGAGCCUCCUCCGCCGCCCCAGGGUACUUCCAGGAGUAUACACUGGGAAAAGACCUGCACCAGGUAACUAAUUCAUCUCUCUGUUUGUGUAGCUUUAGUACUCUCUAUCUACCUCAACCUCUCUCUUUCUCUCUUUAUCUACCUCAACCUCUCUUUCUCUCUGUUUAUCUACCUCAACCCCUCUCUUUCUCUCUGUUU